GUUCGCUGAACUGCUCACUGAAGACAACAAGCAUGAAGAAGGAAGAGGAGGGAGCUAAAGUCAUUGAGGGAGGAUUACUCAAACGGAAAAAAACUGACUUUGCCGACAGUAGACUAUUUGCCUUUAGCUGGCAAUGAUUUGCUUUGGGAAAGCCCACUCAAUAACCAGAAGCAUCACGGGCACACAACUAAAAGCAGACGCUUGUUGCAUUUCUCGCAAUGGGAAGCCUGACAACAGCAGCUAUGGUAAGCAGAGCAGUUUUGAGCCGAGGCAUCACUGCUCACCACCUCAGUAAGAAUGUCACUUUUUAUGUGAAUGAAUUAGAAUCUACAGUGUCUGGAUGUCAGAACAAAGCCUCUAAAGACCAUAAACCUCUUAUGCUCAUGCUACCGUGGUUGGGCGCACGUCCUCAGGCUAUGGCCAAAUAUUGUGAAAUCUACUUCCGUACCGGCUUUGAUGUGCUUGUUGUGGAGAGUGAGGUGCAUGACUUCCUGUGGCCUCGCUGGGGUCUGGAUCAUGGGAAGAGGUUGCUAGAGUUGCUCCAGACCGAACGCUUUAUGUCCCGCCCACUGGUUGUCCAUGCCUUCUCUAUCGGUGGCUACACAUUUGCUCAGCUGCUGAUACAUGUCUCUCAGGACAUCCAGAAAUAUCAGGACCUUACACAGAGGAUAAAAGGCCAAGUCUACGAUAGUCUGGUGGUGGGCUCAGUGGAGACGAUGGCCAUAGGUCUUGGUAAGACUUUAUUUCCACGUUUGGAGACACUGGUAACAAAAGCAAGCAUGUUAUACUUUGGCAUGUUCAAACGCCAGACAGUGGACUACUUUAACAAAAGCCUUGAUACGUUUUUGGAAACCCCUAUCACCGUUCCUGCACUGUUCUUCUUUUGCGAGAACGAUCCAAUGAGCGACCCACGAGCCAUGGAGGAGAUAAUUGAUCGCUGGAGAAAGAGCGGGAUAGACACCACAGCAAAGAAGUGGAAGGAAUCAACACAUGCCGGUCACCUGAAGAGGCACCAACAAGAAUAUCUGACCACCAUAGACAUGUACCUACAUACACUUGGCUUUACCCAGCUAAAGGCCAAGAUGUAAGAUAAUUUCUUUACAACACAUUGCCAUUUUAGCUUGACUUUACUAUGUUGAACUUAAAAUAUGUGUACCAAACCAGUAAUAAUACAAAUGUCUACAUCAGAAUGGGUUUGAAGAAAAAUAAAACGUAUAUUACGAUGCCUUGACUAGAGUGCCCAGAUCCUAAAUUCCUAAAGAGAUGUGUUAAAGAUGUUGUUCAUUUGUUUUUUCCAAUUCAAAGCUCUUUUUAAAACGAAAAUCAUUACAACCAAAGUCAGUGGAAUUAUGUUAACCGAGAAAUCUGAUUUGUUUCAGGCAUCAACUAAAUGUUAUUUACAAAGACAAAAAGUCCACUUCAGCAGUCAACUUCUUUUCACUUUACUUGACCUUCACUUUGUAUUUAAAUGCACUCUGCUUGGUAUGCUGAAGUGAUUAAUCAAAUGUUCCAGCUGUGAAAAACAGUUCUGAGUUUACAACAUUCAUGAAGGAUUGCACAAUAACCACUUUUGUGGGAGUGUGUUCCAGGGGAAACUCUGGUACACCUCGUUCUUUCUCUGUCAACAGAAAGUGCUCUUUGUAGCAUGAAAGAAAAGAGUAUUUGUUGUAGUGCUAUAAUCUCAGGAAGUAAACUACCUAAUUGCUGCUUUGGUUGCAUUUGAAAGUUUCUCACACUGGCUCUGUGACAGUGAACAAAGGGAAUUGAAAUUAUGCCACUUUGGGAAUGUUAACACUAUGGCGCAUCUAGAAUAAUGACUUAUGAGCUUCUGUGGUAAACCUGCAUAAAUGGCAGUGCCAGACAAUCUACCGAAGCAGCAAGUAAUAAUUUUGACUUAUUUAACGUUUGAUAAAUACAUUAAAUGCCAAUGGAAGUUUUUGAACAUAGAAGGAACAUUUUAAACAUAUUGCAAAAUGUCAGUUCUAUUUCAGUUACUGUAUAUAAUAUAUUGAUUUACUUUGUGUAUAUCUUGUAACCUUUUUAUUUUAUGAACAAUGUUGCUACCUGUGUAGAUUUCAGAAAGCUGAUAAAACCAUACAAAUGAACACCAUAAUACAACUGUGGUAAACCUGUAUAAAUGGCGGCCGUUGAAGAUCGAUGUUGGUGCCUCUAAUGUUGUAAAGCUUUGUGUCUCAGAAGUUGAACAUUUUAUAUAUUUCUGUGUGCAAUAAAAUUACAAGAAUGUUUCUAUUCAAUGUUA